GCGCCCGCCCCGCUCUCGAGCCGCGGCGCGCGGCCCUUCCCGUGGCGGCGGAGCCUCCCGGCGGCGCUGCGGGCCAUGGCGGCGGGCGCGGGGCUGGCCCAGGUCCCCGACGUGGACAUCGACCCCGACGGCGUCUUCAAGUACGUGCUGAUUCGGGUCCACGCGGCGGCGACCUCCGGCGCCCCGGCCGAGGAGAAGGAGAUCGUGCGCGGCUACAAGUGGGCCGAGUACCACGCCGACAUCUACGACAAGGUCUCGGGCGAGCUGCAGAAGAAGGGCUUCGACUGCGAGUGCCUGGGCGGGGGGCGCAUCUCCCACCAGAGCCCGGACAAGAAGAUCCACGUCUACGGCUACUCCAUGGGCUUCGGGCGCGCCCAGCACUCCAUCUCCUGUGAGAAGAUCAAAGCCAUGUACCCUGGCUACGAGGUCACCUGGGCGGACGACGGCUACUGAGACUGAUGGCUCCAACAGCCCCUUCUGGACUCUGCCCUCCUGGGGACCCCCUUGGGGCUGUUGCAGCCACUGGCGCUGCGCCAGACUCGGGGACUGACACCCAGGGCCGGGGAAUUAAAGUCUGCCGUCGUGGCCUUUA